UUCGACAGCACGACAGGCAAAGAUGAGCGAAGGACAGCAACAGAACAACAACAGCAAACCAGCAGCAGCAGCAGAGGAGGAUACUGCUGUUGCCAUCGCUGGUGCGAUGAGGGUCGGCGGUGAUGGUGGUGGUGGUGGUGAUGGUGGUGACGGCAGCAGUGGCGCUCGAGGUACUGCCACUGCAGUUGCUGCUAUUGCUGCUACUGCGACUGGUGGUCCGGUGCACACCUCAGAGAGCGCGGCAAAGCCAUCGCAGCAUGUGCCACAAGAUUCGAACAAGCACAGGCAGCAGGAGAAACAGGAGGCAGAAGACGCAGACGCAGGAGCAGAAGUAGAAGCAGACGAAGAGGUAGGCGAUUCCACGGCUGAACAGGAAACGGAAGCGGAGCAAGCAUGGCCAGAGCCCGUGGCAUUACAUCCACGCCCCCGCCGCAGAAAAGAUCGGCGAAGGAAACCCCGCUCCACAUCACCAGGCACAGGCACCCCAGGUGCUCUGUCAAAGGAGCAAGAGAAGUUGGUCAUGGAGGCUCUGGUGGCCAGGAUACAGCAGAAGAAAGGAAAACAAGGCCGUCGAAAGACAGGAGGACAAACGAAGAGUAAAAGACGAGGCAAGCAGCACGGCGGUGACGGCAGUGCAGUCUUCGGCAGCGCCGAUGGCACCAGCGUCCAAAGCGACGACGCUGAUGCAAUUGGGCACGACAUAGCGCAGCUGGAAGGCGAAAUUGCCGCACUAGAGCGCUUGCACAAGGUGGUGUGCUCCCCCAUGCCAGACAUCUAUCCUGUCAAGAUGCCCCACACUGGCGCCGAUCACACGGACGAUGACGCGCGCUUGUUUCAGACAGCGCUCAAGGUGCUUGGCGUUGAGAAUGCUGCACCAGAUGUCGUACCGAAACACGUCGCAACCACCGUUGUGCACCUCUCUCGUGCCAUUGAUCUCCAACUUGACCAAGCCGGCAACCGCUGGCCAGGCUCGCACGCAGGGGCCGAGUAG